AAAAUAAUGGUCGACUUUCUUUAAAUGAUUGUUUAUAAAAAAUCACAUAUACGUAGAUUAGAAUUUUUGAGCAUGCUUUUAAUAAAAAAUAUUAUUUUUUGUCAUUUGUCAUCCAGGUUCACCACGUGGUGGGCAGCGUGUUUCGCCUCUGACGUCACACGCAUUGUUUCUUUUUUUAUGAAGAAGAAGAGUAUUUCGUGAAACAGACAAAUUUUAAACGCAUUUCCAUUCCCCAUACGCAAAUAACAUAGAUAUAAUAAUGAUACAAAUAAUAAGAAAAGAAAUAAAAAAUUAUUUGUUGACGUCCGUUCGCCAUGACAGCGGCGAAUUUCCGAUGACACGCACACAGACGUAUGACAAAUGCCAUCCCACCACCACAUGCUUAGCAGACAGGUUUUCAGCAAGCGGCACCAGCAGCAGCAGCAGCAGCAGCAACGACGGCGACGACGACGACCACCACCACGACGUUGCAAGCGAACCGUGAAGAAGAAAAGAAGCACACGCACAGACAAGAGAGUGUGGCACACAGAAGAGGCCGUGUCUCUCCGGUUGGUUCCUUCCUCGGUGUCUCGGUUUUUUUUGGGGGUUUUCAGUUGUUCCCUGCCCCGGUGGUGGAUGGUGAAAAUUCCUCUUCCCUUCUCAAUUCCUCCCCAAGCUCAGAGGUUGGAUCGGGCCCCCAAACGCGGCGUAGAUAUCGUGCACCCCCCCCCCCAAAGGCUCUCUGUGUGUGUCGCAUAGCCGGCACCUCGCAAAGGAACACAUACCCCCGGCAGCGGUGGCUUUGUGACGAGAGCGAGAAAAACCACCACCACUACACUCAGUGGCCAAGGAACGACGAUUAGGCACACUUUCCCCAAAAAAACCGGUCAAGAGUGUGUGACACUGGACGUGUGCGCUGGUGCACGCAGGAACAAAAGUGAAGACGAAACGGAACGAAACGGAAGCGUCAAAACUGCACCGGAAAAGGGCGAUUUCUUCCCUCCCUCCCCCUGUCCCGCACACAUCGCAAAGAUAAGGGUUGCCAUUCUUUUCUGUAAAGAUUAGUCCGCCGUACAGCAACAAUCGCAGCUGUGUGGUUAACCGUGGCGCAGGUGUGUGUACAACAGUCAUACUAAGUCAGCGAAGUAGGCCUAGAUUUAGAUGCUCCGUGGUGCUUGAGUUCGUGCAGUGUGUGCGUGUGUGUGCGUGCGGUGGGAAAAGGACGCAACAGAGAAACGCACACACGCACAGCCCCCGAUAGACCGACAGACGGACAGACAGACACACACAGUGGUGGUGUACAGCAUCAGCAGCAGCAGCAGCGGCGUCGGCGGCGACAGCAGCAGCAGCAGCAGCAGCAGCGGCUUCCGGAUCAGCAGCGCUCUCUUGUGUCGCGUGUACGCGUGGAGCGCGGUUGUGUGGUGCGUCGCCUUCCCGAUCGAACGUGCUCCAGCAGCAGCAGGGCCGUGUGCUCUCUCCGGCGUGUGUGGCCAACUUAGCAGCAGCUGUGAUAUAUCUUCAUCUCAUCCUCCCCCUUUCUGUGCGUGUCCUUGAGCAGCGGCCACCAACCUGGAGCAGUCACCGGAGCAGCAGCCGCUGCAGCAGGCCAAAACCAUGUUCUACCCGCUGCAAACCCAAUUCGAUGAUGGUGUGAUAGAGCUAACACGGUCGGAAAUGCUCCAGCAGGAUCAUCUGGUUGACAAUAAGCAUUUUGUCGUGUCGCUAUCCCUGGGCAAUACGCUUAUCAAUCUCAACAAAAUCAAGUGUCCACAGUGCCGGAAGCGUUUCGAUACGAUGGAGGAAAUGGAACAGCACCGGACGAAACAUUUGACGGAGAACAAGUUCAAGUGCGAAAUAUGCAGCAAAGAAUUUCCCAGCCAUAGUUCCAUGUGGAAGCACACCAAGGCACACACGGGCGAACGUCCUUUCGUUUGUCAGAUUUGUAACAAAGGCUUCACCCAACUGGCCAACCUGCAACGACAUGAUCUCGUCCACAAUGGACUAAAGCCGUUCAAGUGUCCCAUCUGUGAAAAAUGCUUUACCCAGCAAGCUAACAUGCUGAAACAUCAACUUCUGCAUACCGGUCUUAAGCCGUACAAAUGUCCGGUGUGCGAGAAAGCGUUCUCGCAACAUGCAAACAUGGUCAAACAUCAAAUGCUUCAUACAGGAUUAAAGCCGUACAAGUGUCCCGUUUGCGAAAAGGCAUUUACGCAACACGCCAACAUGAUUAAACAUCAAAUGUUACAUACUGGUCUCAAGCCAUACAAAUGUCCUGUUUGUGAUAAAGCCUUUACGCAGCAGGCCAACAUGGUGAAACAUCAAAUGUUGCACACCGGCCUUAAACCGUACAAAUGUUCCACCUGUGGCAAGGCGUUCGCCCAGCAGGCCAACAUGGUCAAACACGAGAUGCUUCAUACCGGUAUUAAACCGUACAAGUGUCCCACCUGUGACAAAGCAUUUGCCCAGCAAGCGAACAUGAUGAAGCAUCAAAUGUUGCACACGGGAUUGAAGCCGUACAAGUGCGGCACGUGCGACAAAGCGUUUGCCCAGCAGGCCAAUAUGGUCAAGCAUCAGAUGCUGCAUACCGGUUUAAAACCGUACAAAUGCAAUACCUGUGGCAAGGCAUUCGCCCAGCAGGCCAACAUGGUCAAACACGAGAUGCUUCAUACCGGAAUAAAGCCAUACAAAUGCUCGGUUUGUGAUAAAGCCUUUGCCCAGCAGGCCAACAUGGUCAAACAUCAGAUGCUCCACAGCGGAAUCAAACCAUACAAAUGUCCUACCUGCGACAAAGCAUUUGCCCAGCAGGCGAACAUGGUGAAGCAUCAGAUGCUCCAUACGGGAGAGAAACCAUUCAAAUGCAAAAGCUGUGAUAAGGCUUUCUCACAAAACGCCAAUCUGAAAAAGCACGAAAUGGUACAUCUCGGCAUACGGCCCCACACCUGCCCGCUGUGCACGAAGUCCUACUCGCAGUAUUCGAACCUGAAGAAGCAUUUGCUGAGCCACCAGAAGCAGGCGAUCAAGCAGGAGCAACAGAACGGUCAGGUGAUGGCUAUCCUCUACAGCUGCCAGACGUGCAAGAUGCAGUUUGAGGAUAUCAUCGAGUUCGAGCGCCACACCAGACGGUGCGGCAUCAGCACCGUGCAGCAGCACAGCGUGAAGCUGGAAAACAUCAAGAGCGAGGUGGAUAUCGAUGGCAGCUCCAACUCGGGCAUGCAGCAGCAGCAACAGCAGCAGCAACAGCAGCAGCACAUUAUUACCACCUCCAAUGCCACGAAUGGCAACGGGAUCAGCGUCAGCCAGUCGCAACCGCCGACCCCGAUGCACAUUCCGUCGGCCAUCCUUACCUCCGUCAUCUCGUCGUCGGUCGGCUCGAACGUGACCGCGCACAAUCUGGUGUCGGCCCACUCGCACCACGGCGGCCAUGUGACGACCAACGGGGGUCUCCUGUCCGGCGGCAUUCCCACCGGCCAUCCGCACGCCCAGCAGCAGCACACCCCACCCGGUGUGGGCGGGCUUCCCCAGCAGCAUCCUUCCGCUCACGCUCAACAACAGCAGCAGCAGCAGCAACAGCAGCAACAAGCCCAUCAGCAACAGCAGCAGCAAGCUCAUCAACAACAGCAGCAGCAGCAACUGUCACCGCUCAGCAGCCACCAGCAGCAUCUGGUGCUGCAGCAGCAGCACAACCUGCCCAUCCAUCUGCAGCAGCAGCUGUCCCACCAUCUGAUCAGCAGCCAUCUGCCCCACCCGCAGGAUCACGGCGGAGCGAACGGCGGCGGCGAUCUGCACCAUCAGGUGAACUUUCACCAUCCGCACAUCUCCCACCUGCCGAACAUAUCGCACAAGAUCCUGUCGCCGCUGUUCCACAUUCCGCCGUUCAACAACAACCACAGCACAUAAUGGAGCGCUUGCAAGGGACCGGCGCUGCGGCCGCCGCCGGGCACGGUUGUCGUCGAUCCGGCGGCAAUCGGUCCGGCGCCGGCCGGCGUGGUGUCCCUUCUGCCGAAUGCGGCGGCCUGCCUUCCAUCCACCUCCGCCUCCUCCCCGAUGGUGCUGCCGUUCGUCGUGAAGGCGGAAAAGCCGGACGAGGAAAUUGGAGGUGUGUAGGAUAGCAUGGAGGAACUGUAUAGUACCAGCGGGUAAGUAAGUAGUCGGACACGGUGCACUUCGUGUGUGUGUGUGUGAGAGAGUGAGAGUGUAGGGAGUAAAAGGGAUGAAAAAGAAAGCAACAAAACAACACCCAGUCAGGAACAUGGGACGCGAACUCUCAGUCACACACCCACAAACGCGCGCGAGAGGAGCAAACGGAGAUGAACAGCAAAAUGGCAGUUUUCAUGUGGAGAGCGGGACUCGAUGCGAACGAACACGGUUCUCUUAAAUACUCAGGAGGAAAUUAAGGAGGGACAAUCUGUAAAAACACACACACACACACAUUGCGGUAAAAAAGCAAAGCAAAUGAAGGUGCAGGACAGUGCUUCGCUCCUCCCUCUCUUACUUUCCAAAAGUCCCAUAUUCUGUGGGAUUGUUACUUUCGCGGUGGAACAUCGGUUAGUGUGCUGUUUUCCUUUUUCUUAUAUUUUAUAUAACAUCGUUAGGAAUUAGCACACACACACACACACACACAUAAACACGGAAAGAUUACCAUAUUAUUCUUGGUAAUGAUUUUAAGAAGCGUUUGUUUGAGGACAAACGAUAUAUCCUUUUUAGUAAGGGCGACGUUGUAGUGUUAGGACGUGUGUGUGUGUUAGAGAGGUGCAAUUAAGAGGUGAAGAAUGAAGUCCAGCAGCAGCUACAACCUUCAUUUAGAGAGAGAGAAAGAAUGUGCUUUUGUGAAAUGUAUUUGCAUAGUAUGCGCACAGUCAUCCCAUGGAACCAUACACAUACACACAUACAGAUAUAUAUUAGAGCUAACGUAGUAUCGUGUACUUGUAAAGUUAUAUCUUAUACCCUUGUGUGUGUACGUAGCAACGUGUGUGCCGGGUUCGAAUGUCGAAAAUGUGUAUAUUUUUAAACAUGCUUUAUGUAAAACAAACAAACAAACAAACACAGCAGGGACAUGUGUUGUGGGGGGGGGGGGGCAGUGCGUGCAUCAGUAGCGCGCUUAUCCUUUAUCUCUCUGCGCAAACACACACACAGCCACACUUUGAGUGAAGGAUAGAGUGAUGGGACUGUGAAUUUAAUGGCACAUGAUGUAGAUUGUAGGUUUUGUUUUAGACCGCAUUAGACGCGCGUGUAACAACAGUGAUAAAAGAAACAAAUGUGGCGGACAGGAAAGGUGAGGAGACGUGUAUGUAUUAUUGCAAACAAACAAACAAAAACGCAAAGACUGCACACAAGCAUGAGGAAGGAGAGGAGGAGGACAGGAAAGUGGGAAGCACUACACUGAGAGAGAAACAGGGAAAAAAGAGAAGAAAAAUUGAAGGGAAAUAGUGUGAUAGAACUGCAAACGGUUCGAGUCCACGGGUGGCCGGUAUAGAGAGAGAGUCGGUACGGGAAGAAGGCAGGGGAGAGACAGCUCGGCAGCGCGAGAUUCGGUGGGUGUGUGUGUGUGUGCCACAGUUAAAUUUUAAACCAUUAUUGAUUGCCUUUUUCGUUCUCGUUGUAAGGCAUCGUUUCUAUCCCAGAGGGGGCGACUGCCCUGUGUUGUGUGGUUUUUGGGUUGAAUUUUCAUUUGGAUUGUGUGAAGAGCGGGCAGGGUGUCACCACAGGCAAAGCAGCAGCAAGAGAAGUGUAUAGGUCGCGAAGCAAACCGUUGUGAUAUAUAUUACCAUAUUAAAUGUGAAAACAGAGAUGUGUUUUACCACCUUUCCUUUUUAUAGAAGAAGAAGAAGAAUGCACGCUCGGCCUGGCCUGUCAUCUCCCCAGUCUCCUGUUUGUGUUUGUAUACUACCGGUCAGCCAGUUACGCUACCUUACCUUUACCCCCUCUAUAUCCCAUGAUUUCGAUUGUCGAUUCGUUUAGGAGCCCCGGGGGCACAUGAGACACAAUAAGGUGGGGAUUGAGUUAUUUUUUUAAUAUCCAUCAGUUGUGCAUGGUGUGAAGAGCGUAAUAUGAGGACAAAGCGGGCAGGAGACACUACUACUACUACUAGCUCGAAAAGGAAGACUUAAUACAAGAAAGUGAUGUGUGAUAACAAAUAUUUGGCUAAGGAAGGGCAAAAUUUCAUUUUAGGUUCGAUAGGCGAGCAGCGGGGCAGAUUCGAGGAUCGUGUGGGGAAUGCCAAUUUAGUAAGCUUUUUAAAAUCGAAAGAGAGGGAGGGAGGGACAUUAACACUAGCCUAGCGUUUAUGUUUAGAAGGGAGGAAUAUGCUUUUUGCCAUGUGCUUUCUCAUGCUUAUUUCUCAUGUUUUUGUUUUUUGAAGGGGGAUCUGUUUCGUGUUGCCAGAAGAGAGAUACAUAGAGAAGGAAGAGAUAGCGAUACAUUCAAUGCCUCGUUUUUUAUUAUCAUCAUCCUCGCUGCGUUAGAAAAGGCUAAACGUGUCCUCAACGAUAAUUCUAGUCUCUGCUCAUUGGAACAAGGACCACACACAAGGUUUGCGGUUUCCUUGUAUGUUUUUUUAGUACGACAACAACACCUUUUCUCUUAUACUGGAUCAUGUUUUCGUUUCGAGACUGCAUUGCAAGGUGGUGUGUGUGUGUGUGUGGUAGAACCGGGACACUCACUGCAUAGGAUCAUCGUGGUGUGUCCUAAAAUAAUUAGUCGUUAGUAUAGAGAGAGAAACACACCUCCCCAGCCAAGGCAAAGUGUAAACAAGCAGAGCAAGCACGUCCGUAGGGGUGAUAGAACUGUAUAUGUGUGUUUAGUAAACCCUUAAAACACAGUGCGCAAUCUUGCAUCAACACACACACACACACAUACACACUUACAUUACAAACAAGCGAACAUGAUUAGUAGUAUACUGUAUAAUUAGUGGAAGAAACCUCACUCAGGAGAGCGACACAAGUUUGUUUUUUUUUUUUUCUACGGGAAGGAAGGGUAGCUCACUUUCCAAUAAGAAAACUUGUGGCGCCGUAAAGCAAAGCGUUAAGAAUGAUUAACAAUAUCCCCAUUGAAGAAGGGGGGAAGCAAUACAAUGUAGAAUAUAUAGUGCGUUGGCAGCAUUACAACAGCGGCUUUCGGCAUGAUGGGAGUGUUCGCAGUGGUGAUCAUGAUCGCACACCAUCACUACAUGAUCCUCAGUUGCUGUCAGCGAUCAAAUUGCUUGGUGCAGGCGUGUGUGUGUGUGUGUGUUUGUUUUGCCCAUUUUAGUACAGGGGGUGGCUGUGUGUGUGUGGCUUUCGUUUUUUAUGUAAUUAUGUGUCUUGUUUCUUCUUGUUGCUGCGCGAUCUACUUGAUCUACUCUUGUCGCAUGUCUUCCAAUAGAUUCCGAUCGUAUGAUCCUUUUCUUUACACACACACACACACACACACACACACACACACACACACACACACACACACACACACACACACAACUUGGGACUGUGAUAUUCGAAUGGAAAUCUCCAAUGUAAUGCCACACCACACGACACACGACACACACAAACACGACGCCAACUUGCGAGGGAGAGACACACCAUCGAUGUUUUUUUUUUUUUGGACAACCUUCGUUUGCCUUAUAUCAGAUUCUAUUUGGUCCAGUACCCAUCCAAGAUUCUGGGGGAACAUUACUUCAGCAGUAUGAAAUACUGAACUCUAUUAUGUCUUAAUUUCCUCUGUUGUGUCUUAAAGUAUUUUUUUUAAAUUGGAACACACACACACACACACACACACACCCAUCCCUCUAUACAUCUUUGUGUUAUACCAGAGGGGAAGGGGGUAUAUAGGACAUUGGAACAAAGUUCUUGAGCACUGGAAACGACUUUUGCAAACUACUACAAACACGAAAAGCCGAGAGCUGCAACUGCAGCACUGCUGCAACUGCUGCACAUACUACACACUGCACGCAGGGCAGCUAAAAUGUAAAAACAAAACGUAUAAUGCUUGAAUGGUGUCAUAAAGAAGUCGCAUUAGAUCUCCCUCAUCACAGUAUGGGUCCGCAAAGCUCUGCCAAUAGUUGUUGGGACAGUAACGGACGGGGAAUCGUUUUGGUGUGCCGUACUUUCGACGCAUCUAAAAACCUCAUUAUAAUGUGUAAAGCAUAUGAAAAGCAAAUGGUGUUGUGUGUAUUUUUAUGCGUGGUGCGAAUUCUAAGAAUGAGGACGAGAAUAGUAUGGGAAGAAGAGAGAGAGAGAGGGGUGUUUGUUUGAAUCAUUCGAAGAAGAUCAUUCAACCGGUUUUAAGGACACGCACACACACACAUUCCUCACAUCAUUUAUAGAAGGUAAAGUUGCUGUUGUGUUUAGCUGUUAGAAAGUACCCAACAAAAUGCAACAACAAGAAUAGCGCGCGAGAGUAGAGGGGAGCGUCUGGGAAGGUAGAUCUUAAUCAAAAGUAGUUUUUAACUAGAGAGAAGGGAACGACAAAAAGAAAGCAAGCAAAACAUUUUUAUGAUCUUCAAAAUUAUGCCCGUGUGUGUGUGUGUGUAGAUAUUCAAAACAUAGACACUGCGCUACCGAAGGAGGAGUCCAUUGAGAAAGAUAGUAGAUUGCUUGCUUGCUCUCUUCCUCACCAACAACCGGUUGCAGAUGCUUAAUCUCCAUCCUCUCCCUCCCCUGCAUAUAGCCCCUCCCUUUAGAAGUGUAUUUGUAGAAAAAAAAUUUGCAAGCUAUAGCCAACAUACACACACACACACACACACACACACACACACACACACACACACACACACACACACACACACACACACACACACACAAGCGCAAACAUAAUUAAAAGUAGGUUGAAAAAUAGCGCAAAACAAAGCAUCUGAAAAAAUGACAAAAAAGAAGAAAAAAAACAUAAAUCAGUCUUAUAGAAGAAGGAUAUGGAUAAGAAGCAACACAGGUCGUGUAAUAAAGAAUAGAGAAAGCUCUGUUCAAAACAGAGUGUAAGCAAGAGGCCAGAAAACAAAAAGAAAACACUUUAAACAAAUCUAAUUCAUAAGGAAAGAGAGAGAGAGAGAGAAACCCAUUAGCAAUGAUACAGAGAAGAGAAAGAGGAAAAAAGGAACGUUUUUAAAACAAUAAUAAUGUAAAACAACAAACAAACAUACACACGCAAACAUAGAAAAAAGAAAGUAGAAAUGAUGUGUUACACAAAGCAGAAAAAAGAAUCAUUACAUUGCAAUUAGAAGAAACAACAAAAAGAAAGAAAAAAAAACAAAAGUAGAUACAAACCAGUAGUGUAAAGCAAAACAAACAAAAAGAGAGCGUAAACGCAGCAUACAUGUGAGAAAAAAGAUGAAGAAAAAAAAGAAGCAAAAUCCCAAGCACGCAACACACACCCAGAGCCUACUACAACACAACCUACAAACAGCGCAGAUUGGUUAAAAGCGGGAGAGAUUGAGUUUCUAAGCAAACGGAGAAACAAAGUGUGCGUGUUGUCCUGCCCCCCUUUGAAGUACUAGAAGAAGGACGUUGUGUCAAAGGAAGUGUGCGGGAGCGUGUGAUGACAGAGUGCGGUCAGUUUGUGGCCUGUGCCAGGGAGGAAAAGAAGCAGCUAAUAAAGGAAGGUGAUAAUAUGUCCGUAAGACAGACGAGAACGCAGGGAGGAACCGCAAGUGGUUGAGUGUGUUUUAAAAAAGCAUCAAAACCCAUUGUACAGAGAGAGAGAGAGAGAGAGAGAGAGAGAGAGAGAGAGAGAGAGAGAGAGAGAGAGAGAGAGAGAGAGAGAGAGAGAGGACGCGCGCAGAUUAAGAGGCCAACACGGAAGGACGAUUGUUACGAUUAUUGCUAGGAGGAGGAAGGAGGGUGGCACAAUGUUAUAUGGUGUGAAAGAGAAGACGAAUUAACAUGAAAAAGUUACUAAAGUGAAAGCGAAACGCACACACGCACACUGUGUAAAGUAAAGUGGUAGCUGAAGAAGGAUGUGAAAGUGAUGAAGGAAGGAAGGAAAACAACCGCAGAUGCGCGCAAAUGUGUGUUUUGUAAUCAUUUUCUUAAGAAAGGGAGCCGCCUGUUCUUGUUGUUACACCUGUGCCUGUUUUUGUCCUAUACCUCCCAUCCUCGCGCUCCUCUUAAUUCCCCCACCCACCCAUCCACCUUCAAUGUGGUUGUGUGUGCGUGCGGUUAGUUACGGUUAAGUUUGUGACUUAUUAACUACUACUAUUAUCCUUAUUGGAGGACUUUUGUGCGCCGUGAGAGAGAGAGAGUAAGGGAGAGCUGGUUCCAAGUUGUUGUAUGCGUCAUCGUUUCGUUUAAUGAUUUAUAAUUGCGAUAAGGAAUGUUAGGAACACGAGUCCUACGGUGUGUUGUAGAGGGAGAGAGAGAAAGAGAGAAAGCUAUGUUAUCCCCUCCCGCUCUCUUGUGUUUAAAGGCACACGGUUGUAUCAUUCAAUUAGUAGUGACUCUUCCCUCUUCCCCGUGUUCUUGUGUUUGAUGUAUUUCAUUGGAAGAAGAAUUAUUCGUUCACACACGGUUUUGAACUCUUUCCCUCGCUCUGUCUCUCGCCUUUCAUAUGUAUGAGAAUCAAGUAAUAAUACAAAAAAUGAUUUCGAUCCCGUUUAACGUUGACGAAAACUGACACAGAAGAAAAGGCGCGCGCAGCAAAACAGAUUUCAGUGAACGUGCGUGCGUUUUUCUUUCUUUUCUUUUCAAUUGCGCGGGAGAGACAGUGAGAGAGAGAGAGAGAGAGAGUGAAAGUGAGGGCUGUAACACAAACAAAAAGAUAACACUAUUGCUACUACUAUUUUUUUAGUAUGCUGAAAGAGCUGUGUUUGAGUGUGGGGAUAAGAAGAGAGGAGCCACGUGGCGGUUAAACAGCGGCGCGCCUUCCUACUACUACUACUACUAUUAUUAUUACGAUUAUUAUGAGUUAGCAGUUACACACAUUUAUGAGAUGAUUUUUUUUUUGUAUAAAGACACAACAACACAACAACCCAAUCAGUAAAAUAAAAAGAAAACAA